AUGUUGUUCACUAAUUUUUCCUUCUUUUAUGGCAUUGUCGCGCCGAUCAUGGCGGUUCGGAACAAGCAUUGGAUUGUGGCAUGUGUCUCAUCGAUGGGAUUGAUUCUCCGCAUGUUACUCCCGUCGCUAUUAUCGGGGCUCAUCAAUCUUGACAUGACCAACAUCGUCUCUUGGCACCCUGUCAACAUAUGGCCUAAUGUCGUGAGCUUGGACGCUCAGAAUGCCCAGCUGGCAGGAGAAACAGCUCGCUCUCACAAUGGCUCAGAAACAACGUUAAAUACAUAUUUCUUCUACCGCAAUUCGGACUAUGCCAUACCUCCAAUCUCAAGGCCAAGUCAUGGGAUGAGCCACCAUGAUUCGACGUGGGAGCUGCAACACCCUAUAUACUGGGCUGAUUUGACCUGUACAGCGACCACGUUGUACGACUUCAUUCCCCAUGAUCAAGCAAUUGCGAACUCCACAGUUUCAGCUCGAGAUACGCCGACUGAGCUGACAUGGAAUAUCCGCAAUAUCCACCUCCAAAAUCCGGCCGGUGUCACAUCGAGCUCUAAAUGCUCUGCCAACUUCUCUGUCAGCGGCUUUGUGCCGACCACACAUGGCCCCCAUCAAAUACGCCACUGGGAGCCUCUAUCUGCAGAUAACAGCUCUGGCACAUCGACUAUAAAUCACACAGGAUGCGCGGCGUUUUCCUUGUUAGGAGUUACCUUCGAUUUCAAUACUUCAUCACUCCAGAACAUAUCAUCCACUGCCACCGUUUUCGGAUGCAGCAGUACAUACUUACAUUCGACGGCAAAUGUCGUGCUCCCCUCAAACACCUCAUUCGCCACUGUGAAUAACAUUUCUCUUGUGAAAAUACCUUUGACCUCGAAAGAAUUCAGUGCAACGGGAUUCCAAUCUUUGCUGUUCACAAAAUAUCUGAAAAACGACCUGGCACCAUUAUGCUCGAACCAUUCAUAUUUACUUCCUGGACUGACCAGUUCAACUGGUCUGGAUGGCGCCGCUAUCGAUGCUCAAAGUCCAGUUAGUAUUGCGAACUAUCAACGGGAGAUUAUUGGUCUCUGGAAACAGCAAUUUGUUCUGUCGAUGAACAAUUUCUUUGAUACCUCGUCUGACCCGAAGCACGUCUACGCGAAACAGACCACUGACAAGAUCAUCUUUGGAGUCGACUCAGACUCCGCCAUUAUCGCCGAAGCUAUCUUCCUGGCUGCCUUUGCGGUGCUUGUCUCUUUGGCCUUCAUAUAUCGGCGUCGACCUCAUUUCCUUCACGGCGACCCCGGGUCCAUCGCGGCACAAUGCGCAUUGAUGACGGAUGUGUUUGCCUCAACCGACCCAAUAACUCACUCCGAGAUGGAAUUUUCUAAAACCACACCUCGUGAAUUUCGCCGACUUGGCAAAACUAUGUCAUGCCGAUGGAUUGAUGGGCCUGAUGGGCCUGAUGGGAAGCAGAUCGCAAUAAUCCCAUUCAAAAAUGCCGACUUGUCCCCUCGAUGGUGGUCUCUUCCUACAAGAAAGGGUACACGGACACGAAGACUUCCCAGACCACAUUUUCUCAAGCCGACAUGGUUUCUGAUUGAAUGCGCUUUAAUCGCUGGCGUUAUAAGCGCAUUUGGAAUAUCAGUAAAUUAUAUUCGCGUUGAUAAAUUCGACUAUGACUUCAGUACGGGAGUGACAAUUCUUUAUCUUUAUCUCAUUUACGGCCCAACAGUGAUUGCUUCGGUGAUCAGCACCUUGUUUACUUCUGUUCAUCGCCAUCUGUGCCACAUUGAACCCUGGGUCCACCUCCGAGAAGGCAUGGCUUCAGCUGGGCAAUCUCUGACAACCAAAUACUCGUCCUACACUCCCGUCACUAUCUGGAAACUCUUUCGCCUGAAUAAACCGAUCCUCCUGAUGGUUCUAUCCUCAGUUUGUCUUCUGGACUUCAUCCUUAUCAUUGCCAGCAGUGGAAUGUUCCAGCCAAUCGUGUAUCACUGGAACGACACGACAACAGAUCUGUCCGCCCAGUAUUACGAUUCUCGGUUUUUGAAUCCAGAUGUUCGGCUUGAGCUUCAUGGCUUUAAUUUUGUCCAAGAUACGUUGACCAGCAACAGUCCGCUGCUUUCAUGGACAAGUUUCAAUACUUCCUUCAUUCCGUAUACAAUUGAUGCCGUCGACGAGGGUAUCGUUGAUUGGAUGAUGUAUACUGUCCGCACACGGGGUAUCGGCGUUGAUCUUUACUGUUCCGAGAUCUCUUCGGCUCCCUCAACCGGUCAUUCUGGGGCAUACAACUGGACAUACCAACCUAGGGAUGAUCCGGCCGACACGAACUUUCCGUUUAUCUUGCCGCACCUGAGGGUGACAACGCAUCAUGCCAAAGGUCCAUUGCGGUUAUCAACUACGGAGCUUUCGCAAGCUCGGCAUCUGGUUCUAGCCCCCCCUGGCUUCCAUUGUGAGCCCCAGAUUCAAAUCCAAGAUCAUGAAAUCCUCUUGGGACCAUCCGGCCUGAUCAAGUUUCACUGGCCAGUGCCAGGAACCGCCAUAACAAGCGGCCCGAUGUUCCAGAACGUGACAGAUGCCCUUGUUAUCUUCACGCAAGCAUUCAUACACCAGCUAGACUGGCCCUCCAUUCUGACGAAGCAAUUUUACGAUACCUUUGAAGAUAGAAAUGCAACACACUCCUGGUCCACAGACGCCAACAACAUUCAACUCCGCGCUAUCCGAUCAAUCUAUCAAUCAGCAUUCAGCCUCCACACAAGCAUGUGGCGCCACAUGUACCUGGAUCUUUUACCACCAUCCACGGCGCCCACCACUAUCAACGCCACCCUUGCCGAAGCCGCAUGGGGCAUUGUUCCCUCCAAUACCGUUCUGCUGAUCAUGAUCGUCCUCCUCUCCAUCGACUUUUGUGUUCUGAUGGCUGUCUUCUUGUUCCGCUACCGGUACUACAACGGUCCUCCGACCCCCCCAGUCGAUCGGUUCACUUAUUCCCUUGGUCGCACAGAGCCGAAUGCUCUCUGA